AUUGUUAUAAAUUAUAAUUAAUACGAUUUGUAAGUCAUUCAAAAUAUUUCAUGAAAAUGACUGAAGAACAAUUACCACAAGAAGUGACUAAGCAUAGUUUUCGUCAAAAAGUAUGGGAUUAUUUGAUGACAAAUGAUUUAGUUAAUUUUCCUUUGACUGUACAUGAUCGUAUACCAAACUUCAAAGGUGCUGCUGAAGCAGCACAGCGUUUGGCACAAUUGGAUGAUUUUAAGCAGGCAAAGGUUAUAAAGAUAAAUCCAGAUAAGCCACAAGAACCUGUAAGAUUCUUAGCAUUAGAAGCUAAUAAGGAAAUAUUAGUUCCAAUUCCCAAAUUAAAAUCUGGCUUGUUUGUUCAUGUUACACCAGUUGCUGGUGCUUCUAAAAAUGAAUUAAGAACAUUAUCAAAAAUUCAUGGCUUGAUAGUAGCUGGGAAACCUCUUGGUAUAGAUUCUAAAAUAAAGAUAGAUCUUGUAGUAUUGGGGUCUGUGUGUGUUAGUCGUGAUGGAUACAGACUGGGUAAAGGUAAAGGAUUUGCAGACUUAGAAUUUGCUAUGAUGAUGAGGAUGGGUGCAGUUACACAAGAUACCAUAGUUAUUACAACUGUGCAUGACUGUCAAGUCUUUGAUAGUCUUCCACCUCAAAUAUUUAAAGAAUAUGAUGUACCUGUUGACAUAAUUGUUACACCUACUCAAACAAUAAUAGUAAAUCCAAAGUUAAAGAAACCUAGUUGCAUUAUAUGGCAUAUGCUUAGCGAAAGAAGAAUUAAAUCUAUGCAAGUAUUGCAGCAGUUAAAAGAAAUGGAUGAAAAAGAAGGAAAAAUAGUAACUUUAAAAGAAGAGGACUCAGAUAUAGAAACACAAAAAUCUAAUCGUUCUCAUUAUAUAAAAAAUAAAAGACGUUUUAAGGCAAGAAAACCUGUAUCAAGUGUUAAUGAUGUUAAUGAAGAAGGAGAGAAACAGGAAGUAAAGGCAAAUUUGCUUAAAAAACGAACAUCUAAUAAGAUGAAGUCUGGGGAUGAUAAUGUAUUUUCCAACAAAGUUGAGGAGAAAGUCGAAAGCAACGAUAAGAAUAUGCAACGUCGUAAAAAUUUGAGACUGAAAUCUAAAUCUCAGGUUGAGUUUUCUUUAAAAUUAUCAAAUAUUUCAUCUGGCGUAAGAAUACGCGAUUUAAAGAAUGCUUUGUUAGAACGCGGUAUUAAGCCAAAUGAAAUAACUUGGUUAGGACAUCGUGGUAUUUGUUAUCUCCAUUUUAAUAAACUUAGGAAGAAUAGUAGUUUGCCGGAUGAACCGAUACAGGUUGAUUCAAUAAUGGCAAAUUUACAGCAGUUAUGUAUUGGGGUAUCUAGUGGAAAUAUAAACGAUUUCAUAACGGUGAAACCUGCCAAAUCAAUAUCCAGAAUCGAAGUCACAGACGUGUCUUCAGUUUAAAAAACAGUCGAAUAUUUUCUAAAAAUGUACAAUUAUUUAGGAUA